CUUGACGAAAGUUACCUUCUUGAGACUCUGUAGCUCCUACGAUAGAGAUAGUGGUGGAACCGCCGAUCGAAAGUUACUAAUUUGAGGGGAAAAAGUUCCACACUCCUGCUCCAAGUCAUAAUUAUGUAUUCAUAUUAAGAAUAAAGUAUACAGGAUACUGUAUUCCUACUAACAAGUCUAAAUUUAUAAGUUAUUGGUAACGUUAAACGUGACACUAAAAUGGAUGAGGGUCCCAACGGCUCCUUGAAUCCUAGACAGAAAAAAUGCGUUUUAUGAGACAUCUGUACAAAUUUUGAGUCUGUGGUUAAGCGUUGCCAUCGGUAACUUGUGGUCCCUAUCUGAUGUAGUUGUUGUUAAUUGUCAACUAAAUAGACGCAAUCAGCAGAACUUUUGCAUUUCUUUGUAUUUUAUUGAAUGACAAUACAAAUUACAUAGAAAAUGCCGCGUAUUAUGAUAAAGGGUGGUGUUUGGCGAAACACUGAAGAUGAAAUUUUAAAAGCUGCUGUUAUGAAGUAUGGCAAAAAUCAGUGGAGUCGAAUAGCAUCUCUCUUACAUAGAAAAUCUGCUAAACAAUGUAAAGCACGUUGGUUCGAAUGGUUGGAUCCAAGUAUCAAAAAAACUGAAUGGAGUAGAGAAGAAGAUGAAAAAUUAUUACAUCUUGCUAAAUUAAUGCCCACACAGUGGAGAACCAUUGCACCAAUUAUUGGACGUACAGCAGCACAGUGUUUAGAACGUUAUGAAUAUCUACUUGAUCAAGCUCAGAAGAAGGAGGAAGGAGAUGAUGCUGCAGAUGAUCCUCGUAAACUUAAGCCAGGAGAAAUUGAUCCAAAUCCAGAAACAAAACCUGCUAGACCUGAUCCUAAAGAUAUGGAUGAAGAUGAAUUGGAAAUGUUGUCCGAGGCACGUGCUAGACUUGCAAAUACUCAGGGCAAAAAGGCAAAACGUAAAGCCAGAGAGAAGCAAUUGGAAGAAGCUCGUAGACUUGCUGCCUUACAAAAACGUAGAGAAUUGAGAGCUGCUGGUAUUACUGUCUCGCAAAAGAACAAACGAAAACGUGGAGUUAAUUAUAAUUCUGAAAUUCCAUUUGAGAAACGACCUGCAACUGGAUUUUAUGAUACAUCUAAUGAGCAUGUAGAUCCACUUGCUAUUGACUUCUCUAGGAUGAGACAGCAACAUUUGGAUGGAGAAUUAAGGCAAGAGAAGGAAGAAAUGGAACGUAGGAAAGAUAAGCAAAAGUUAAAACAGCGCAAAGAAAAUGAUAUUCCAAUGGGAAUGCUUAAUAAUGAAGAACCAAUAAAGAAAAGAAGUAAGUUAGUUUUGCCAGAACCACAGAUAUCUGAUCAAGAAUUGCAACAAGUUGUUAAGCUUGGAAGAGCAUCGGAGGUUGCUCGUGAAGUUGCAACUGAGAGUGGAAUCACAUUAUCAGAUAGUUUACUGGCUGAUUAUUCUUUACCAACAAAUGCAGCCGUAACUCCUCGUACUCCAGCCGCCACAGAUAGAAUUCUUCAAGAAGCGCAAAACGUUAUGGCUCUUACUCAUGUUGAUACUCCAUUGAAAGGUGGAUUAAAUACUCCGCUAAACAAUUCAGAUUUUACUGGUGUUGUUCCUUCUACAAAUGCUGUAGCGACUCCAAACACAAUUUUAGCUACACCGUUUCGUUCACAACGUAGCGAUGGAACUCCAGCAAAUUCUUUUAACACACCAACAUCUAUACGAACACAAAACGGAGUUUUGGCGGCUACGCCUGUUCGCGAUAAACUCAGUAUUAAUCCAGAUGAAAAUAUAGACGGAUCAGAAACUCCUUUAAUUCAGAAACAAGUUAAAGAACAAUUACGUGCUGGUUUGAGUUCUCUUCCAACACCACGUAAUGAUUAUGAAAUAGUAGUUCCUGAAGGGGAAGCAAAAGAUGAAAGUACCUCUACACCUGCAACUGAAAUUGUUGAAGAUCAAGCUGACAUAGACGCUAGACAACAGCAAGAAUUAAUGGAACAGAGAAAGCGGGAAUUAUCUCGUAGAUCACAAGUUAUACAACGAGAUUUACCACGACCAGUUGAUGUGAACAUGAAUAUUUUGCGGCCGUUUAUGGAUACUUCAUUAACCGACUUGCAAAGAGCUGAAGAAUUGAUUAAAAGAGAAAUGAUUACAAUGAUGCAAUAUGAUUCACUACAGAACCCACUACAACAAAAUCGUAAAGGCACUUCUAGUUCAGUAGCUCAAGCUUAUUUAGAACAACAUCCAUAUGUUAAUUUCGAAGAAGCAGACCUUACUGCUGCCAAAAAACUCUUGAUUGAUGAAAUGUCAGUUGUAAAGGAAGGCAUGGCACAUGGAGAACUUAGCUUAGAUUCUUAUACGACUGUAUGGGAAGAGUGUUUAUCCCAGAUUUUGUAUUUGGAAACUCAAAAACGUUAUACACGAGCAACAUUAGCUUCGAAAAAGGACCGAGUGGAAGCAUGCGAAAGAAAAUUGGAAGAAAACCGAAUGCACAUGACUGGAGAAGCAAAGCGUGCUGCUAGAAUGGAAAAGAAAUUGAAAGUUCUUACUGGAGGAUAUCAGACUAGAGCACAAGUAUUAACAAAGCAGCUACAUGAUUUAUGGGAACAAAUAGAGCAAGCGCAUUUAGAACUUUCAACAUUUAAAUUUUUGCAAACGCAAGAAGAGGCAGCGGUACCAAGACGAGUAAAUGCACUCAUGGAAGACGUUAACAGACAAACAGAACGGGAACGUGUGUUACAAGCGCGAUAUGCGCAAUUACAAGAUCAAUUGCACUAAUGUUGAGUACUGUUCAGAUGAUUCAUUUGUAAUAUACGUUUCAAAUACUGUAAACGUUUUGUGAAAUAUAAAAACUUACUUUGUAUAAUUGAAGAAACUAUGUACAUGACUUACUAGAAGAAUUCAUCAAGUAAGUGGACAUUUUCUUGGAUAAUUUUAUAUAAAUAAAGACAAUUUCUUUCACAUUACGUGUGACUGACAAUUUAGUCUUUCAGGACUGUGAAAAUUUAAUGUGAAUAUAAUUUAUUGUAUGCUAAAAGACUAAUAACCUAAUAUACCUGUUAAGCGAAAAAAAUGUGAAAAAUAAAUCUUAAAAUCAACUUUUUAUUCUUACUUCGCUAUUUAUUUUAAAUGUGCAAUGAAGCAUACUCAGGUGAAGAAACUUUACUAUUCAUUUUUUAUAAGUUAUUAUUAACUUAGGCAUUGGAAUCAUUACUUUUUUCGGGUAUGUAUAUAAUAUAAUGAUAAGUAACAGAAGGAAUAUUUGAAACAUUUAAAAGCGAUU